UGUGUCGAUCAGACGAACUAAAAUCUCUGGGAUCACUGGGUUCUUCCCUCUGUUAGUCACAUAUAAUUUCUGUUCUUCUUUAGAUCUACAUUUACGUUUAUAUAAAGGAAGGAAUAUUUUGGAUUUGUUUUUAUAACAAAGUAAUACUAUUAUUGUCGAAUUAAACUGUGCUAAAAUUAUUUUUUAUUUAUUUAGCGUAAAUAAAAAAUACAGUGAAUCUGUUUAAGGCAACUAAUGUCUUUAGUAUAACAGAAAAACAAAAGUAUCAUAAAUCUUUAAGGUUAUAAAGACUUUGAUAUAAAAAGAAUUUUGUUAUUUUAUACACAAAUAUAUUUUUGUAAAGAAAAAUGGCUCACUAUAAAGGAGCUGCCAGUGAAGCUGGUCGUGCCAUGCAACUCAUGAAAAAACGUGAGAUUGCACAGCAGGAAAUAGAAUUGAGAAAAAAGAAAAUAGAAGAUGAUCUGAAAAUUCAUAAUAUAGAAAACAAAUUUGCCACUCAUUACAAUGCAGUGGAACAGCAAUUGAAAACAUCUACCAUCGGUCUUGUUACYUUGAAUGAAAUGAAAGCUAAACAAGAAAACAUAGUGAAGGAACGCGAAAGAAAACUUGCCCAAAAAGAACAAGAAAAGGAACAAGAGAAGGAAAGAGCACUAGCUGCAAAGCAAGCAGAGAAAAAUAAACAGAAACGACAAAUACAAGCCUUAUCGUUUAAUUUGGAUGAAGAAUCUGAAGAAUUAGACGAUGAAUCAGAUGGAAAUUCUGAUAAGUUUGAAAAGUCAAAGAAUGAGAUUAAUGGUCCAAUUGUUAAAAGAAUUAAGAAGAAUCCUGAUGUGGAUACAAGCUUUUUGCCGGAUAGAGAAAGAGAAGAAGAAGAAAAUAGAUUAAGAGAAGAACUGCGACAAGAAUGGGCGCAAAAACAAAAUGCGUUAAAGGAAGAAGAAAUAGAAAUAACUUUCAGUUAUUGGGAUGGAUCUGGUCAUAGACGUAGUGUCAUUAUGAAGAAAGGUAAUUCGAUUUAUCAACUACUUCAAAGAUGUCUGGAAGUUUUAAGGCGAGAAUUUAGUGAACUUAAAACUGUAAUGGCAGAUCAAUUGAUGUAUGUCAAAGAGGAUCUUAUCUUACCGCAUCAUUAUACUUUUUAUGACUUCAUUGUCACCAAGGCGAGAGGCAAGAGUGGACCACUUUUUACAUUUGACGUUCACGAUGAUAUCAGAGUUAUGCAUGAUGCAUCUGUUGAAACUGAAGAGUCGCAUGCUGGCAAGGUUUUAUUAAGGUCAUGGUAUGAAAGAAAUAAGCAUAUAUUUCCUGCCAGCAGAUGGGAACCUUUCGAUCCCACCAAAAGUUAUGACAAAUACACGGUUUCGGAUAAAAACAAAAAGAAAGACUUAAUAAAAUAAUGCAUUGAAAGUUAUAUAUAGAAGAAAUUGAAAUUAAGGAAAUAUUAUAUAUUUGACACAUUACCGAAUAGUGUGGAAUUGUAUAUAUUGUGUUUAAUUAUAUUCCAUUGGCGAUGGAAAGUGUAUAGUCUGAUAAAGUCCACAUAGUUGGCAAUGAAUUAAUGAAUUAUAAUUUGAGUAGAAUCUUGUAAAAUGUGAAUCAUACAUUGUCAUCUUUUUCGUAAUUGUUUAUUUUUAUGAUUUUUCACUGUUUUCAAGGAUAAUUUGCAAUAAAGAUAACGAUAGAAAUUUGUGAUUUUCUAAUGUUUAGAAAUAAUAUAUAUGUUUUUAUAAAUAUACUGUAAAUAUAAUUAUAUCCUACGAGUUGAUUUUUGAUAAAAUUAAUUCAUAAGCAAUUAAUCACGUUUUAUAAGAUUCUCCAGCAUUAAGUUAAUAACAUUAUCGGUUAAUAUAUUUGUUAUGUAGUUAUCUUUAUUACUACAUAUUUGAGAUAGAGGCACGUGAUUCAUUUUAAAUUUAUUAAAUUACAUAGUUGCAAAAUAUUCAUACAGAAUAUGAAUGUAUUGUCAUAACGAUGAAUUAAUUGGGCCAUUUACAGGUCAAAACGAUUCAUUCCAGAAAAUUAAUUAAGUUUUAUACAAUAUUUAAUAGCCAUACAAGAUUUUGUUAAGCUCAGUAUUACAUAUGAAAAAAAUUUAACAUCAUUGAAGCACUUUGGUACUAUUAUUUGAAAAAAAAUAUAAACAUGGAAGUAAUUUUUGUUGCCUGUAAAUGACUGAAUCAUAAGUUUAUAUUAUCUAUUUAACUUCAAAUUUUCAACUUUUAAUUUUUCUAUAAAUAGCAGAAAA